AUGGUUUCUACAAAACACUUGCUACAAGAUUGUAUUCAGGGUUUCAUAAUUGUAAUUCUCGCUCUGGCUGCAUUUUUGGGCUAUGUAUCGCUGAGAGAACAACUUCUUCAAGGAGCACCAGCUUGGUUAGAACGUGAUGCUCGUGCAGAUAUUUUUAAUAUUUUCGGCGUGGCGAAUGGUGGUUUAGGAGCUGCAGUUUUCGGCGAAGGAAACGAAGAACCUGCCGAACCUCAGGUAUUUAACAAUGAUGGGCAACGGGAUGGAACUGUGCAACAAAGUGCCGUAAAUGUUGCUCCUGCUUCAAGCCAAUCUUCCUUUGUAGCCUCUCCUGCUUUUAGUCAGGAACCUCAAGCGGUCAGCAGUACCUCACAGUUAUCAACAUCGAGAUCUGAAGUAACAGGUGCUGCUACUCUUGGAUCAUCAUCAUCAAGUCCACAACAGUUAGCCUGGUAUGCAGAAGAACCAGGGUUGAUUUAG